CCUGAGAGGCAGUGCAUGUGUGAUAACACAGGUGAUGGACAGAACUUGGUGACAGAAGACGUGACCGUCAUCGAAGGCGAUGUGGCCACCAUCAGCUGCAGAGUCAAAAACAGCGACGACUCCGUGAUUCAGCUCUUGAAUCCCAACAGACAGACGAUUUAUUUCAGAGAUUUCCGGCCUCUGAAAGACAGCAGGUUUCAGUUGGUGAAUUUCUCCAGCAGUGAGCUGAGAGUGUCGCUCACCAACGUCUCCAUUUCGGAUGAAGGAAGGUACUUUUGCCAACUGUACACGGACCCCCCGCAGGAAUACUACAUGACGAUCACGGUUCUCGUGCCCCCUCGCAACCUGAGGAUCGAGUACCAGAAGGAGACGGCAUUGGAAGGAGAGGAGAUCGAGCUGAACUGCACGGCCAUGGCCAGCCGACCGGUGACGACGAUCAGAUGGUUCAAAGGCAGCAAGCCGCUCCUUGCCGGCAAAACCGAAGUGGAGCAGUGGUCAGACAUGUACACGGUGACCAGCCAGCUUUCGUUGAAGGUCAAGCGGGAGGACGAUGGCGUUCCUGUGGUCUGCCAGGCCGACCAUCCUGCUGUCAAAGACAUGCAAGCCAAGUACUACCUAGAAGUGCUGUAUAAACCCGAAGUCCAAGUUCUCCAGAAUUCCCCGGGGCAGCCGCUCACGAGAGAAGGAGACCUCUUAGAUCUUCUGUGCCAAGUGAAGGGGAAACCAGAGCCCGUAGACGUGACGUGGCUAAGAGUGGAUGACGAGAUGCCUCAGCACGUCAUCGUGUCAGGUUCAAACCUCCACAUUGACAGCCUCAACAAAAGCGAUAACGGCACGUACCGCUGCGAGGCGUCAAACGAAGUGGGGACGUCGUUUUCUGAUUACACACUUUAUGUAUACGAUCCCCCCACAACUCUCCCUCCACCCACAACAACCACCACCACUAUCAUCCUUUCUGCCACCACUGCCACAGACACAACGGCAACGACAGAACUGGCGGUUCACGGCUUUACUCAGUUGCCCAGUUCUGCCGAAGAUCUGGAUUAUGGGGACAUCUCAGAUUCUCGGGCGGGCGAGGAGAGUGCCAUCACGGCCGUGGACCACGCUGUGAUCGGCGGAGUCGUGGCUGUGGUCGUCUUUGCGAUGCUCUGCCUCCUUAUCAUCCUGGGGCGAUACUUUGCAAGACACAAAGGGACCUACUUCACUCACGAAGCCAAAGGAGCCGACGACGCGGCUGACGCAGACACCGCCAUCAUCAAUGCCGAGGGAGGACAGAACAACUCGGAAGAGAAGAAGGAAUACUUCAUCUAGGUCUCUCUCUCUCUCCCUCCCUCUUGGUUUCCCCCGAGGUGUCCCACUGUGGACAGAUCCUGGCCCUGUGUAGAAGAUAAAAGACAGUGAUCUUGGAAGUUGCUCUACCAGCUUAUGGCUCUUUUGAUUUGUCUCUUUCGGUCUUUCCCCCCUUUAUUUCUCUUCCCUUCCUGUGCUGCUUAGUUUGAAUUUUUCUUUUCAAAUGAAUGGCUGGCAAAAUGUGUGGGAGAAUCUCGGAGUCCACUCUGUUCAAAGUCCACUCUGCUCUCCAGACAAACUCCAUUCCUUUGGGUUUUUAAUUCUCUGGCCAAGUCCAGCUUGGAUUUAGUUCCGUUCCAUCGUUGGCAGAAAAUUCUGUGCCUUGUUUGAUUCCUUGUUUCGUUGGAGGGAAGGGAGGAGGGAAGGGGUAGAAAGCCUGCUUCUUAAUUUUUAUUUUAUUCUAUGGUUUUCCUUCCUAGCCUCUCUUGGCAUCGCCUGCUGGGAUCCCUUCCAAAUAGAUUUCGUUUCUUUUCUUCUCCUUCCCCGACCCCUUAAGUGUUUUAUCUUCUUUCUUUAAAAAAAAUGACUCCUGGGAUUUUUUUUAGUUAUUAUUCUUAUUGCUGUUGUUUGAAACUGUGUCAUCAAAGGAGAACCAGCACACCUUAGAUUUCAUUGUUUGCAAUUCCGUGUAGUCACGAUCCAUUUGAUUUCCUUGUCAUGGAAGCUUGGAACUUCUUUAGGAGAACGGUGUGCGGCUGCCACGCAGGUCUCCGGGAAAGCGGCCGGAGGGGCCGAACCCUGGCAAUCGCCUCUCGCUUUCCGCUGAGUCUCAGAAGUGUGGUGACGAGUUCCCUGCGAGUAAAGCAUGGCCUCCCCUGGCUGGCCUCCCCCCAGAGGAACCGAGCCUGCUUCUGUCCCGUGUCUGUAGAACUCUUUGGCGCAAAGGGCAUCUCGUCUCGUCUGGACAGGGACAGACGCGAGGUGUCCAGAGCACCAUCCUGCUACUUGACCCUGAAGAGCCGUGACCGCGGAGGGCCGAUCCCACUGGGCCAGGAGGCACUUGUGAGGCAUCGCAGGAGGCAAAGUGGGAGGGAAAUUUUAAACAUAUAUGAAGUUCUGCUACCCUGAUCUCUGUCCUUAACGAUCCCAUCAUCGGCGGCUCCUGAUCGGCCUCGCCCGUUGCUGUAAUUUUCUGCCCACAAGAAGAAAAUGAUAAGUAUCUCCGUGAUGUGAAAAGAAUGUGAAUCGGCCAACGUGUUUCCUCACUGUUACCAUUAUUCUUGUCGUUUGCUGUUGUUAAUUCUCACUGCCUUCCUGGUCUAUUCCCUUUUUCUGUUUUGUACUUGGUUAAAGAGGGCAAGAAAAGAGAGAGAAGGAGGGGGAGCGGGAUGAUUGCAAGCCAGCAGGUCCUGUACAUUGCAGAUCUUUCUUGUGCUGAGGAAUCCAGCGGGGGACGGUGUGAAACUUUUCCAUUCCUUCAGAUUUGACUCGACAAAAGGCAGGAGGGGAGAAAAGAAGCGCAGGGCUUCUGGUCAUGUUGGACGGCCCCGCGUUGCUGCUCCGGAAAGGUCAGAGCAGAGGUGGAGAAAUCAGCAGGAUGAUUUUUCAGUUGCUUAAUCCAACACUCAAACACAGUGUGUGUGUGUGUGUGUGUGCGUGUGUGCGCGUGUGUGUGUGUGUGUGUGUACGUGUACGUGAGAGAGAGAAAGGUUGCUUUCUUUGUCCCCCCCUGGCUCUGUACCUGCUGAACACAGCGCCCCUCCUUGGCCCCCUUCCUCAGCCUUAAGAGCCAUCGGCCAAUACAUCGCUGGUCCUUGCAGCAGGUAAGGUAGUAAUGGUGAAGAGAUCACUCAGAAUAAGUUUUGAGUUCAGAUUCUGAAGCCUUGGGGGACCAAAACGCCAACAGCGGUGAAGCAACCUUUUUUACUUUCCGGGAGAGGGAAGCAUGAGCGUUUCCCUCUUUAAAAGGGUAGGAGGAGGCAGAGAAGGGCAACCGUUUAGAAGCCUUGUCCCCCCCCCAAAAAAAAAGAAAAGAGAAAGACUCCAUUGGAUGAAUGGGAAUAAGGAAAGGAAGGUUCCAGCGGGAACAGUUCACACGGGGAAGACAGAGUGAACUCCGGGGAAGACAGAGUGAACCCCGGGGAAGACAGAGUGAACCCCAGGGAAGCACUUAAGUUUUUACGGCUGUCGUGCUACAUACUUGCACAGGUUUUAUUUGGGCGGUGGGUGGGGCCGGGAGGGGGAGAAUGUCAUCUCUAAAUGUCAACAGUUUGUUUGUUUGCUUGGUUUCUUUCUUUCUUUUAAGAAGAAAGCUUUUAAAAAGAUAUAUAUAUUUAUUUUUUAAAUUAUUGGCAGAAUGAUUUAGAUGCUACAUUUCCGCAACUGAUCUGGCACACAACACUCAAGUCUCUUCCCCCCCCCCCGCUCCCCUUUCUGGUACGACAUUUUCCUUUUUCCUUUUGUUUCCCCCUAUUUUUCUGCUGGGAACCCAUACGAGCCCAAAAGCACGCUUGUGGGAACCCUUUCCACCACCCAGAUUUCUUCCUGCAAAGUUUUGUCACUGGCGAACUCUUCUUCCUCAGCAGGCCAACCACCCACACCCGGAGGAGCAAAGAAAGCUAGGGGAAAGAUGGUGGGGGAGAGCGGGAGGUGGAGGGGGGGCCUUUUCUUUCCUACACGUUGGUCACAGAAACCGGCACCCCCCAGGUGUCGAGGAGCUCAUAUUUGUUUUUGAAAAGUGUGCAGUAGUGCUGUGUUCCCAAUGUAACUUUGACUUAAUAAUGUUGACAUGUCUCAGGUUCAUGUGUUUUUUGAUUGGUGUUUUCCGUCUCAGGUAGAUUGCAAAAAAACAAACAAAACAAAAACAACCACCACCACAACAAAAAGAUUAUUUUGGCCCCACACGUUGGCAGAGAACACAACGAGCCACUGUGACAGGAAAAUUGAAGGGUUUUUUUAGUUGUCUAUCCAGACGAUAGGAACUUCCUCUUUCUGCAAGUAUUCCCGUGCGCUGUUUGAAAUGUAUUGUUAGGUAUUGAUUUGUACAGGUUUAGAGGACAAGGGUUUCGUUACAGAGCGGAGAAAGAACAACCUUGUUGCAUGGGGGUUUUAUGGUUUCUGGGUUUUUAACUUUUGCUUUGCUUUUUUAAGGCGACAACAGAAAGAAUCGUUGAGAAGGAAUAUGGAGGGUAGAGAAC